GUGCAGGGGACAUUCCACUUCCUCCUGAGCACUCAGCUGCGCUGAGCACAGCUCUCUGCCCGCCAAGGAAUGACCCACCCACCCUACACCACCACAGCCUCUUCCAGCAACCCAGUCAUGACCCAGAGCAACCAGAGCUGCACCCGUCAGGACAUCACCUUCAAGAGCAGCCUCUAUGCCACCACCUACACCCUCAUCUUCAUCCCGGGGCUCCUGGCCAACAGCGCUGCCCUGUGGGUCCUGUGCCGCUUCCUCAGCAGGAAGAGCAAAGCCGUCAUCUUCAUGAUCAACCUGGCCGUGGCCGACCUGGCCCACGUCCUCUCGCUGCCCCUGCGCAUCUACUACUACAUCAACCACACCUGGCCCUUCGGGGGCUUCCUGUGCUUGCUCUGCUUCUACCUGAAGUACCUCAACAUGUACGCCAGCAUCUGCUUCCUCACCUGCAUCAGCGUCCAGCGGUACUUCUUCCUGUACCACCCCUUCCGAGCCAAGGGCUGGAAGCGCCGCUACGACGUGGCCAUCAGCGCCCUGGUCUGGCUCGUCGUGGGGGCCGCCUGCGUGCCCUUCCCCAUCAUGAGGAGCCACGGGCUGGGCUCCAACACCACCAGCUGCUUUGCCGACCUGCAGGUGAAGCCGAUCGACAGCAAGGUGGGCACGGUGCUGAUGACCGGCGCUGCCGAGCUCCUGGGCUUCGUGGGCCCGCUGGUCACCAUCUUAUUCUGCACGUGGAAAACAAGAGACUCCAUCCGGGGCUUCCACGUCCCACCGGAGAACAGCGGGGAGAGGAGCAAGGCCCUCAGGAUGGUUUCCAUGUGCGCCAUUGUGUUCUGCGUGUGUUUUGCUCCCUACCACAUCAACUUCUUCUUCUACAUGUUGGUGAAGGAGAAUGUCAUCACCGACUGCUUCCUGAGCACCGUCACGCUCUACACGCAGCCCUUCUGCCUGAGCCUCGCCAGCUUCGACUGCUGCUUGGACCCCGUCAUCUAUUUCUUCAUGACUUCUGAGUUCCAGGAAGAGAUUUCCAGGCACAGCAGCAUGGUCAUCCGGAGCCGGCUCAUGAGCAAAGAGAGCGCCUCGUCGAUGAAGGAAUGACAAGAAAGCCACUUGGAAAAAGCUAAGGUAUUUUCAUAUGAAAUCUGAGACUGCUCUGGGAUACUCCAUUACCGACUCCGCUGUGGGAGAUCCUGCAGGUUUAUCCAAGGGAGUUUUGUGGCAGUGGGAUUUUUUUCAGUACAUAGAAGAUAAAACCUUGCCUGACUGGUGUGUUGGAAUCCGGUGACUGACCCAAUUGGCGUGACCCUUCCUGCCCUGUGCCACCCCCACCAGAUCUCAUGGACAACAAAAUACACAGGAGGGAGUGAAAAAACUUCCCUUUACUGGGAAAUGGUGGAAAAGUCCCAGGCUUUUCUUCUACUCUCCCAGUUGCAGGCUCUACAAUCAAGCCACAGACAAUCCCACAGUCAUACACUGACAUCUGCGGAAGGAUCUUCUCUGGGAAAACCACACAAGAACCUGAAACUGGCCAGUAGCAACCAAGGGACAUUGUGGUUUGUGCCGUGGGGGCUGUGGACAGGUGAAGGUUUGCAGGUGGUUUCCAUGUGCUCCUGGGUUUGGUGCAUCCCACUGGUCACCAGUGACCUCUGCUUCCCCUUUCUGUACUCACACUCCUGCUCUGCUCCUCCUUUCCCUCCUCACCCAGCUCUGUCUGCUCCCUAACUGCUGGCACAUCCCAGAACUUGCACCCGCAGCUGGUGCAAGACCCUCUGCAGGACAAAUUCUCCUCAAACAUCCAGGGAGCGUCACCUUCCCUUGCUCCAGGUGACUUUCUUCCCCUCCAAGAUGGCAAGGGGGACAUGGGCAGGUGGCUCUUG